AUGCCUUCCGCCAGUAAGAGAACCGUGACCUACGGUCGGCAUAGCGUGCUGCAGACCAUCUCCAUCACCUCCCUAGAGUCGCGCAAAGAUGCAUACUGGGUGAUUUAUAUCCACGGUGGCGCCUGGCGCGAUCCAACCGUCACAUCAGAAUCCUUCGACAAAGCCGAAGCCAUUCUCCGCGCAUCAAACCUGCCCAUCUCAGGCUUCGCAUCUAUCUCAUACAGAUUGAGUCCGCACCCACGAUUCCCCCAGAACCCACCGACUACUUCGCCGUACGAGUCCCGCUCUGCUAAGCACCCGGAUCACAUCCGAGAUGUUGAGGCUGCGCUAGCCUUCCUGCAGAACACCUAUGGGUUCGGUCCGCGGUAUAUCCUCGUUGGACACAGCUGCGGCGCAACACUAGCGUUCCAGUCUGUCAUGGGUGCUAUUGCGAAUCACAGGGAAAUGGCGCACAAUCCUGACGCUGAUGGCGGUGCUGGCGUUGAGGCUGUUUCUACUACUCCUGAACCAUUGCCUCCGCGUCUUCGGGCGAAGCCGACGGCUAUUGUGGGUGUGGCUGGUAUCUAUGAUCUCCGGCGGUUGAUAGAUACGCAUCGCACUAUCUCGGCGUACCGUGAGUUUAUUGAAGGUGCAUUUGGGGAAGAUGAUAUGGUUUGGGAUGGGGCAUCUCCGGCGCAGAUGGUUGGGUCUCGUGGUGUCGAAGGUGGUUGGAAGACUGGGAGAUUGGUUGUUUUAGCUCAAUCUCCCGACGAUGAGCUUGUGGAUAUGGGCCAGCGUGAGGCGAUGCAGGAUGCCUUGAAGGGGUGGGAGCAGACGGAGGCUCAGGUGUCGCCUGAUGAGCUUACUCACAAGGAUCGUCGUGUCCGGACCUUGGAUAUUAGCGGUGCUCAUGACGAUGCUUGGAUCAAUGGUGAUGAAAUUGCUCGCUCCAUUCAGUUCGCCUUCAAGGAGCUACAGGAGAUGGGACUUGCACCUGAGGCUUGA